GGGGUCGGUGUAGGGAGUAAACACCCACACUAUAUAGUGCUUGGCGAGUGAACCGAGACACCUUGCACUCAUCGACCAUGGAGUUCCCCUUCGGUCACCACCACCACCACCACCACGGCCGCCGCGACGACGAGGAGGAGGGACAGCGCUAUCCUCCUCCUGGCCAGCGCUAUCCUCCUCCUGGCCAGCGCCCCUUCGACGCGCCGCCCCCCCCGCCCCCUUACUACGAUCGCCCGGGCGGCGAGGGCUACGGCCGCCCCGCCUACCCUCCCCCGCCGACCCACCACGUGUCCCACGAGGUGGGCCACGGCUACCCUGGUGCCGGCUACGGAGAGGGAGGCUAUUCCGGCCUCCAAAAUCGCCCUCCCUACUCCUCCGGCGUCCACCACGUGGGCCACGAGAGCUGGGGCGGUGGGGCCGCGCCGGCGCCGCGGCAGGCCACGGUGAGGAUCUUUACCAAGGCGGAGGAAAAUUACUCCCUCUCGAUCCGCGAUGGGCAGGUGGUCCUUGCCCCGGCCAAUCCGCGUGACGACUAUCAGCACUGGAUCAAAGACAUGAGGUAUGCCACCAAGGUGAAGGAUGAGGAGGGUUUCCCAAGCUUUGCUCUUGUUAAUAAAGUUACUGGCGAAGCUAUAAAGCACUCCAUUGGAGCAACCCAUCAAGUUCGGCUGAUUCGGUACAAUCCAGAUUAUCUUGAUGAGUCGGUUCUGUGGACCGAAAGCGGGGACACCGGUGAGGGCUUCCGAUGCAUAAGGAUGGUAAACAACAUUGGCUUGAACUUUGAUGCUUUUCAUGGUGAUGAGGACCAUGGAGGGGUGCAUGAUGGAACCACUGUUGUGCUGUGGGAGUGGCUGAAGGGAAAGAAUCAGAGGUGGAAGAUUGUUCCCUAUUCGACCUUUCUGAAACUUAUACUUUUCUAUCUUGUGAAUGCAGGAGAAAGUGUGAUGGAGAUGCCAUCAGUGGAUGUUCAUGUCCACCUAUGCUAUAAACGCCCCCUGCUCCUGACUGAUGAUGCCAGGCAGAAGGGGCUUCAUCCUCCGAACCAUAAUUCUGGCCACUACCUUAUACAAGGUUGUACACAAACUAAUGGGUCUGAAGUGGCAGGGCUCCGCCGCCUCCUGACGCUUCGGAAUGAGCGUGAUGAAGGAACCGAGACGCUCACCUUGCACUCAUCGACCAUGGAGUUCCCCUUCGGUCACCACCACCACCACCACCACGGUCGCCGCGACGACGAGGAGGAGGGACAGCGCUAUCCUCCUCCCGGCAACCGCCCCUUCGACGCGCCGCCCCCUCCGCCCCCCUACUACGAUCGCCCGGGCGGCGAUGGCUACGGCCGCCCCGCCUACCCUCCCCCGCCGAUCCACCACGUGUCCCACGAGGUGGGCCACGGCUACCCUGGUGCCGGCUACGGAGAGGGAGGCUAUUCCGGCCUCCAUAAUCGCCCUCCCUACUCCUCCGGCGUCCACCACGUGGGCCACGAGAGUGGGGCCGCGUCGCCGCCGCGGCAGACCACGGUGAGGAUCUUUACCAAGGCGGAGGAAAAUUACUCCCUCUCCAUCCGCGAUGGGGAGGUGGUCCUUGCCCCGGCCAAUCCGCGUGACGACUAUCAGCACUGGAUCAAAGACAUAAGGUAUGCCACCAAGGUGAAGGAUGAGGAGGGUUUCCCAAGCUUUGCUCUUGUCAAUAAAGUUACUGGCGAAGCCAUAAAGCACUCCAUUGGAGCAACCCAUCAAGUUCGGCUGAUUCGGUACAAUCCACAUUAUCUUGAUGAGUCGGUUCUGUGGACUGAGAGCAGGGACACCGGCGAGGGCUUCCGAUGCAUCAGGAUGGUAAACAACAUACGCUUGAACUUUGAUGCUUUUCAUGGUGAUGAGGACCAUGGAGGGGUGCAUGAUGGAACCACUGUUGUCCUGUGGGAGUGGCUGAAGGGAAAGAAUCAGAGGUGGAAGGUUGUUCCCUAUUGUGAGUUCGGCUGCCCCGCCUACCCUCCCCCGCCGACCCACCAUGUGUCCCACGAGGUGGGCCACGGCUACCCUGGUGCCGGCUACGGAGAGGGAGGCUCUUCCGGCCUUUAUAAUCACCCUCCCUACUCCUCCGGCGUCGAGAGCUGGGGCGGUGGGGCUGCGCCGCCGCCGCGGCAGACCACGGUGAGGAUCUUUACCAUGGCGGAGGAAAAUUACUCCCUCUCGAUCCGCGAUGGGCAGGUGGUCCUUGCCCGGGCCAAUCCGCGUGAUGACUAUCAGCACUGGAUCAAAGACAUGAGGUUUGCCGCCAAGGUGAGGGAUGAGGAGGGUUUCCCAAGCUUUGCUCUUGUUAAUAAAGCUACUGGCGAAGCUAUAAAGCACUCCAUUGGAGCAACCCAUCAAGUUCGGCUGAUUCGGUACAAUCCAGAUUAUCUUGAUGAGUCGGUUCUGUGGACUGAGAGCAGGGACACCGGCAAGGGCUUCCGAUGCAUAAGGAUGGUAAACAACAUUGGCUUGAACUUUGAUGCUUUUCAUGGUGAUGAGGACCAUGGAGGGGUGCAUGAUGGAACCACUGUUGUCCUGUGGAAGUGGCUGAAGGGAAAGAAUCAGAAGUGGAAGAUUGUUCCCUAUUGAGAAAGUGUGAUGGAGAUGCCAUCAGUGGAUGUUCAUCUCCACCUAUGGCGAGCUUUUACUAUCAGUCCUACUUUGCAGAAUAAGUUGUGCCUAUGAAGGUGCAGAGUGGAGGUUUGUGUGCCGGAGGUGCUGGCUUUUGCUAGUUACUAUAACUUUAUGCUUGAUGUGCCUUGUGUGUCUGAUGACAUAUGAUGUCUUUCCCUUUUGCGCUGUGUUUACUGGACUAUGCUAUGCUAUAUAAUAUGUUACCCCUCUUCUCUUA